AUGCCGCCAGGAGGAGAAGGAGGGGGCGAGCAUGGCUGCACGGUGCAGAGCCACCCGCCGGCCACCGUCCGUCGCGACGAAGACGCUCUGCCCCAUUCCACGCCGCCGCUCCCCGCCAUUGUCCCGGUGGCUUCCGAGGGUGUGAAGAAGAAGCAGGUGCAGAAGCUGGAGCAAGAGCAGCAGAUCGUGCCGAGCCUCCCCGAGGGCGCCCUCGUCGAGAUCCUUUUGCGUGUGCCCUACAGGUCGCUCUGCCGCUUCAAGUGCGUGUCCAAGCCGUGGCUCGCCCUCUGCUCCGCCCCGGACAUCUGCAAGAGGUCGCCACAGACCCUCUCCGGCUUCUUCUACAAGAACGUCCGUGUCCUCAAUUUCCGCAAUUUGAAUGGGAGAGGUCCGCCACUUGUCGACCCCUCUCUCCCUUUCUUGCGCCAAAGGUACCGCCACAUUUCUGUCCAACACGUCUGCGGCGGCCUUCUCCUAUGCAGCUGCUCGGAUAAUCUGCGAGACGAAUCCUAUUAUGGUGUCUGCAAUCCUGCUACCCAAGAGUGGACUGUGCUGCCUCCUGUCGGAUUUCCAGGUCCCGAUCCCAUCCCUUUCCUAGGUUUCGACCCUGCUAUUCCAUCCCGCUUUGUGGUGUUUGCCCCCGAGAGCCAGAUGGUUGGUAUGAACGAUUCCGGAAAAGUGUCAAUCUACUCGACAGAAACUGGAGGGUGGACUCAUGUGCAAAGUAAGUGGACAAAAGAUCCUCUCGUGAAUCAUGGUAUAUACACACAGGUCUUCCUGAAUGGCACUAUCCAUCUGCCUACCCUUGAUAAGAGAAUAGCCACAGUCGACGUGGAGGGGAAAGUUUGGAGGGAGAUUCAAAUGCCAAACACCUGUGAUGUUGGGCACUCUCAAGGACGAAUCUGUGAUGUUGGGCAGUCUCAAGGACGCUUGUAUGCCUGGUGGAUAGAUAAUUCUCGUGAUUGCCAACUCAAUAUUUGGGUCCUCGAGGAUUAUGAUGCUGGAAAGUGGACCCUAAAGCAUACUGUUAACGUUUUGGAGCUGUUUGGAAGGAAUUGCCGUAAAGAUGGAGAUUCUUAUGUGAUGUUUGCAAUUCAUCCGGAUUGCAACAUGAUUUUUCUUACUGACAAGAAAAACUUGACAUUGUCGUAUGACAUGGAUAAUCAGAAAGUGCAUGUUAUCUGCACUGAAGGCAUGAAUGGUCUGCCUUAUAUUCCCUGUUUUGCGGAAUUGCCCUCAGCUGGUCACUGA